CUUUCAGGUGCUAUCCAGAAUUCGUCUGUGUGUGCCGCGAUUUUACGUCGGAAAUAACUGCUUUUGUUGGAAUUGCUCUAUACAUUUCACUUCUUAUGAAGGUGUGUGGAAGAUAAGAUAAUUUCGAUUAAAGAGGCUCUACAUAAUUUGACUUUUGAGGUUUCCGAGUGAGAAGUUGGUCUGCAAGAUGACAGAUGAAGAUUUGUUGUUUGACGAUGUGUAUGAGCUGUGUGAAAUCAUUGGAAAAGGGCCAUUUAGUGAAGUACGACGAUGCAUCCACAGAGAGACCAACCAGCAAUUCGCUGUCAAGAUCGUCGACGUGGCCAAGUUCACAUCCAGCCCUGGGCUCAGCACAGAAGAUCUGAAGAGAGAGGCGAGUAUAUGUCACAUGUUAAAACACCCUCACAUUGUGGAGUUAUUGGAAACGUACAGCUCAGAUGGACUACUCUACAUGGUCUUUGAAUAUAUGGAGGGAGCUGAUUUGUGUUUUGAGAUUGUGAAACGAGCCAACUCUGGCUUCAUAUACAGUGAAGCUGUGUCUAGUCACUACCUACGUCAGAUCUUGGAAGCGCUACGCUACUGCCACGACAAUGACAUUAUCCACAGAGAUAUCAAGCCCCACUGUGUGCUGCUUGCAACCAAAGAGAACUCGGCACCAGUCAAGUUGGGAGGCUUUGGUAUCGCUAUCCAACUCCCAGAAUCAGGACUCAUAGCAGGAGGUCGCAUCGGGACACCUCACUUCAUGGCCCCUGAGGUCGUAAAACGUGAGCCGUACGGCAAACCGAUUGACAUCUGGGGCUGUGGGGUCAUGACCUUUAUCCUCUUGAGCGGGUCACUGCCAUUCUUUGGAACUAAGGAACAUCUCUUCGACAUGAUAGUCAAAGGAAGAUACUAUAUGAAGCCGAGGCAGUGGGACCAUAUCUCAGAACCAGCCAAGGAUCUGAUCCGACGAAUGCUGCGCGUCGAUCCAAGAGAAAGGAUUACAGUUGAGGAAGCUCUGUCACAUCCCUGGCUCAUUGACAGAGACCGUGUCACUCCUAAAGUACAUCUCCAGGAGUCUGUAGAAGAAUUGAAAAGAUUCAACGCUCGACGUAAACUCAAGGGUGCUGUUUUAGCUGCUGUUGCGAGUUCAAAAUUCACAAGUUUCUACAGCGACCCCAAUACCAAACACAUCACAGAUUUCGCUGAUGAGGACCCUACAUCAUCAGGUGCUGUUGCCCAGGUCUUGGACAGCUUGGAAGAGAUCCAGUGUUUGACGGACUGUGACGAGAAAGAUCUGGACUUUCUGCAUGGUAUCUUUGAGGACAAUCAACUCCAUUCACUGCUGAAUCUUUACGACAAGAUCAAUACCAAGUCAAGUGAGCAGAUGCCCAACAAGAAGGACAUCCCCUCAGACAGUGUGCAGAGGUCCAAAGACCAGAUAUUGGAGUUGCUUCAAAGGAGUCCCCAAGAUAGUCAAGAAAGCUAUGAACUCCAGGCUAUCCUCUCAGAUCCACACUUCAGGGCGUUACUGCAAGCUCACGACGUCGUUGCCCAUGAAGUGUACAGCGAUGCAGCAAUCCGAGUAACUCCGCCUCCGACGUCGCCUUUCCUUAACGGACGAGAAGAAAUGCAGUCCCCGAACGGUGACAUCGAACCUAUGGACUCGGUCACCAGAGUACGACUGGUGCAGUUCCAGAAGAACUCUGAUGAACCUCUGGGAAUCACACUAAAGAUGAAUGACGACCGUCGUUGUAUAGUAGCGCGUAUCAUGCAUGGGGGUAUGAUCCACAGACAAGCCACGUUACACGUCGGCGACGAGAUCCGAGAAAUCAAUAAUGUGUCCGUUGCUAACCAGACGGUGGAGAACCUUCAGAGAAUGCUGAGGGAACUACGAGGGAGCAUCACUUUUAAGAUUGUCCCCAGCUACAGGAAUGCACCCCAGCCUUGUGAGAUUUACGUUCGAGCACAGUUUGAGUACGAUCCAGGACAAGAUGACCUGAUUCCUUGUCAACAAGCCGGCAUGAGCUUCAGGUGUGGGGACAUUCUACAGAUUAUUAGCAAAGACGAUCACAACUGGUGGCAGGCUCGUAAAGAAGGAGAGCCGCUCAAUGGAACAGCUGGACUGAUCCCAUCCCCAGAACUUCAAGAAUGGAGAGUUGCUUGUCUAGCCAUCGAGAGAGCCAAGAAGGAGCAGCAAGCGUCUUGCACGUGGUUCGGUCGACGGAAGAAACAGUAUCGAGACAAGUAUCUUGCCAAACACAAUGCAGUAUUUGAUCAACUUGAUCUGGUCACAUAUGAAGAAGUGGUUCGCUUGCCUGCAUUCAUGAGGAAAACGCUGGUACUUCUUGGAGCACAUGGUGUUGGGAGAAGACACAUCAAGAACACAUUAAUAACCAGUCAUCCAGAUAAAUAUGCCUACCCUAUUCCACAUACGACGAGACCAUGCAAGAAAGACGAAGAAAACGGCAAGAAUUACUACUUUGUGACCCACGAAGAAAUGAUGACAGAUAUUGCAACUAACAAAUAUCUGGAGUACGGAACCCACGAAGAUGCAAUGUACGGCACCAAGCUGGACACCAUCAGGAAGAUUCACUCACAAGGGCUGAUUGCCAUCUUAGAUGUUGAACCACAGGCGUUGAAGGUUCUACGAUGUGCAGAGUUUGCUCCCUUUGUUGUCUUUAUUGCUGCUCCUACCAUUACAGGAAUGAAUGAUAUGCACGACAAUGGACUGGAGAGAUUAGGAAAGGAGUCCGAGUUACUCCGCCAGGCCUACGGGCACUUCUUUGAUUUGACCAUCGUUAAUAAUGACAUUGAGGAGACCAUCCGCACGCUGGAGCAAGCCAUGGAAGAAAUCUGCACAACUCCACAGUGGGUACCGGUCAGUUGGGUUUACUGACAAUGAAAGAACGACAUUGGGUUGACCAACUAGAGUGUGGGUACCGGUGCUUCACUGACCUAAUCAAUCAGUGGAGUGUAUUGACGAUGAAAGAAUAACAUGUAAACCAGGUAAAAGUGGGUACCGAUUAGUUGAGUCGAUUGACAAUGUGAGAAAAAAACAACACGAAUGUAACAUGCUUCAAUGGUAACUGCCAAAAUCAUGAUACUUAAACUUAGUAUACAGCGGGCCAGGCUAGUUAACUAACCAGGUUAGUCGGAAUAGUUAGUUGACUAACCAGGUUAGUUAAGCUAUUUGGUUUCACAAUCCUAUUUGGGCACAAACCAAACAUGGUUUUUAUUGUACAUGUAUACCCUAAUCAUGUUAGUUAAAAUACCCGUUUAUACAAACCAGGUUUUAGUUAACCAGUUCCGAUAGUUAACUUGUUGGAUUAUGAAAAUACAAUAGGCACAAACUAAUCAGGCCAGUUAACAUGUUAAACAUCCAAAUCAUCUUAGAUUAUAUACUUACUAUACAACUAACCUGGUUAAAUAACCAACCAGGUUAGUUAACUCAUUGGUUAUAAAACCACAAACUAAUCAAGCUAGUUAACAUGAUUAAUAUUAAACUUAUUUAGCUACACAGUUACAAGGUACCAACACACCAUUGGUCACCUUUUUUGGGAUAUUUAGCCAACAUGAGUACCAGCUAAUACUUUAGUGGACUAUUCAGGUAUUCAGGUCCCUUUGGCACCAGUGAACGGAUAAAGUGCGAGGCUUCAUGACCAAUCAUAGUGCUUGAAAUUACGAUAACCUUUCAUUGUUUUCGGUUAUUAAUUUGUCGUCAGUCGGUUUAGCUUCCAAUUGUUUUAUCCCCCCCUUUCAUUGUCAAUUUGUUCGUUACUUUAAGCAAUGCAUAAGACAUUUGGCUUGUUUUUAAAAAUGUUUAUAACUGGAACGAAGGCAUGAAUGUUGAUUAUAAUGCCUUUAUGUAACGAGAGGUAAACGUGCUUUGUUUGUUUUUUAAAAAUACAAUUUUUGGUAACGUCACAUGGUUGGUACGAGUAGUUAUCGCUGAGCCGCUAUUAAUUAGACUUUAUCAAUUGAUUAACUUUGUAAAUAUUUGGAAACGGUCGUUGAUGAAUUGAACAAAAUUGUAACUGGUAAAAUGGCGUGUGUUUUUUGUAUGGGUAAUCAUUUCACACGUUGCGUCAUUGGCAUUCAUUUGUAUUUCGCAAGCUGGAUUUAAAGCAUAUUCUCAUUCAGAGUAGAAACCUUUUUCUUUUUUAUGAAAUUAUUUGCCAACUUUCUAACGAAGCAAUGAGUUUGUGUCAGUCAUACUUUACCACCACACCAUUAUCAAUCACAAAUGUGACUUUCAAAGCAACUGGACCAUCUGAAACUCUAGGUGGCAGCAGAGCAGACACACUGGAAAGUAUUUUGCAUCAACCCUUUUUCAAAGUUAGGGUUAGGGCUUGGACUGUGUCAGUUUAUUAGGAAAUGUGUGCUGUCCUUAUGGGGCUUUAAACAGGCGGACAGGGCCCAACUUGGGGCGGUUUUUUUUUCAAACUGCCAUAGACCACUUCUAAAAUUAAUAAUCAGUUUGCGAGUGUAGCUGUCAAAUGUGGUACAUCCUAAUAUAUUAAGUGACAAAUUUGGUCUCCAACCAGACCAGUGGGCACCUCAGUGGGCAUGCGCACCAAGUAUUUGUGAAGGUGUCUGGUAUUGACUGUGUGUUACACUGAUGAGCCAAACAAUGGAAUUUACCUGGUAAGUCUGCUGCCACCUAGUGGCAGCUAUGAAAUUUACUUGGUAGGUCUGCUGCCACCUAGUGGUGGCAAUAGUCUUCCACUAAAGAAGAUGUCCUCGGACUAUCUAUGUUAUAUUUCUUUCUUUCACAUAACCAGUGUAUCAAUGCAUUUAGUGUGCUAUAGAAGAGUGGUCUUUUUUACGCGAGUGGUGUCCUUGGCCAGUGACGUCAAGAUAGAAGUGUCCCAGACAGAUCGUCCCUGUCCCUUCGUGCCUGUACAUAUUUCAUCCGUUGUCACAAAGCCAAUGUCCCUGUGAAGUAUGACCGCAAAGGUUAGGUGACUUUAAGGUCAGGUGACCAAGACCUCUUCGGGAUCAACACACAAUUUGAAAACAAAAACAAAAAACAUCUUCUUCUCACAUGCUACAUGUAGGUGUUGUGUUUCAGCUAGAACUGAGCAUAGUCCUUUUGACACUUUCAUUGAAUUCAACUGACUAAUAUUUUCAAUCUGAAUUUUUUUUCUUUCACAUUUUGGUAUUGGCGUAAAUUUUCCUGGCUAAUAUUUCCAUCUGCAAUACUAUGCACCUGCAUUCUUAUUUCCAUGUGCCAAUUUAAAAUAACCAUAACAUAUAGAAAACCCAUAACCAUCGCACUAGAAAACCCUGACAAACCUGUAGCUUCUUUUUUGAUGUUUUCUUUAAAAUGUGACCAUUUGAUACUAUGGUUAGUUGUGUGAUGUGUUCAUUGCCAGCUUAUUGACAGUAUCGGAUGUACUCUUUCCUGAAAACGCUGUUUACUAAACAAUCAAAGCUAAAUAAUAAUAAUAAUAAUAAUAGACCGUUUUUAUAUAGCUCUUUUCACGCCCGAGGGGUGUCUCAAAGCACAU